GGGGGGGGGCUGUUUUGGUUCUGGACUGCAGUUCCAGACCCAGUAAAUCUGAACCAGAUGUUGCUCAGUUAGACUCAGUCCUGGUUCGGGUUUCAGGAGCCUCAUCCUGCUGGCAUAGAGGGAAUCCUGGAGGUCAUCGGGUGUGUGUUGGGCUACAGUCAGUGCACCGCAGUGCCGCGCUGCGCAUCACUCAUGCAUGACAGUGAACGCAACAGCUGGCAGCUGAUGAGUUCAAAGUCAGGGGCUUAAUGUGGUCACGUGACUUGUUUAAACAGGUGGACCGUCUGUCCAGGAAGCGGCGGGACUCCUUUGGGAUGCUGGACAGUCUGGAGGAGGACCGGAGCAGCUGCAGCACCGAUUCCAGCGGCGCGAGCGGAGCGUCCAGCCCAGAGGACAGCGAAGAUGAAGAGUUUGGAGGAGGAGGAGGAGGGCUGACUCAACUCACGUCCUCUUCCUCCUCCUCUGCCUCCUCCUUGAUGCUCAUCAAGACCAAUGGACAGGUGUAUACCUAUCCUGACGGCAAGGCAGGCAUGGCCACCUGUGAGAUGUGCGGCAUGGUUGGUGUCAGGGACGCUUUCUACAGCAAGACCAAACGUUUCUGCAGCGUCUCCUGCUCCAGGAGUUACUCCUCCAACUCCAAGAAGGCCAGCAUCCUCGCCAGGCUGCAGGGGAAGCCUCCCACCAAGAAAGCCAAGGUUCUGCAGAAACAGCCUCUGAUGACCAAACUGGCAGCUUACGCUCAGCAUCAGACCAGCCAUAACAGCAGCAUCAGGAAAAGUGCACCUGUUGAGGUGUUCGACUGGGGCCGUUACCUUGGAGACGGAGACGUGGCGGGAGCACCGGUCAGCUGUUUCAAACAUGUCCAAAUGGGGAAGACCUGGGUCGACGUCGGCGAAGGAGUUCGGGUCGAGGUCCCAAACACCGACAGUGGUCUCCCAAUGAGGGUGUACUGGAUCGCCAGCAUCAUCAAACUGGCUGGUUUUAAGGCCCUGCUGCGGUACGAGGGCUUCGACAGCGACUCCACCAGAGAUUUCUGGUUGAAUCUGUGCGUUCCUGACAUCCACCCGGUCGGCUGGUGUGCAGCUGGAGGGAAACCUCUGGUCCCCCCUCAGACCAUCCUGCACCGCUUCACCAACUGGAAGACCUUCCUCGUCAAGAGACUGACGGGCUCCAAGACUCUGCCACCGGACUUUUCCUCUAAGGUGCAGGAGAGCAUGCAGUUCCCCUUCAAGAAGCAGAUGAGGGUGGAGGUGGUGGAUAAGACUCACCUGUGUCGGACCCGGGUGGCUCUGGUGGAGCAGGUGAUCGGCGGGCGGCUGCGGCUCGUGUACGAGGAGUGCGACGACGGGACGGACGACUUCUGGUGCCACAUGUACAGCCCUCUGAUCCACAGCAUCGGGUGGUCCCGGUCCAUCGGACACCGCUUCAAACGAUCAGAUGUGGCCAAGAAGCUGGACAGUCAGAUGGACGCACCUGGACAGCUGUUCACAAAGGUGAAGGAGGUGGACCAGAGCGGACCCUGGUUUGAGGAUGGGAUGAAGCUGGAGGCAAUCGACCCUCUGAACCUGUCAGCCAUCUGCGUGGCCACCGUGAGGAAGGUCCUGGCGGACGGAUACUUGAUGAUCGGAAUCGACGGCUCGGAGGCUGCAGACGGCUCGGACUGGUUUUGCUAUCACUCCACUUCUCCCUCCAUCUUCCCCGCCGGCUUCUGUGAGAUCAAUAACAUCGAGCUGACGCCGCCCAGAGGUUACAGCUGUCUUCCCUUCCGGUGGUUUGAGUAUCUGAAGGAGAGCAAGUCUGUGGCUGCUCCAGUCAACCUCUUCAACAAGGACGUCCCCAACCACGGUUUCCGUCCUGGAAUGAAACUGGAGGCCGUGGACCUCAUGGAGCCCCGGCUCGUCUGCGUUGCCACGGUGACCCGCAUUGUCCACCGGUUACUACGGAUACACUUUGACGGCUGGGAGGACGAGUACGACCAGUGGGUGGACUGCGAGUCCCCGGACCUGUACCCGGUGGGCUGGUGUCAGCUGAUGGGAUACCAGCUGCAGCCUCCUGCUGUUAAUGCAGGGUCCAGAGACCUGCACUCAGCAUCAUCCAGACAGAGGAAGAAGUCCCAGCAAUACAGAGGACAGAAGAAAAAGCGGAAGCUGCCCAUUGCUAAGCGACUGGUCGGCGACGUGGUGGUGGGAGCUCCCAGGAGCCUAUCAGGAGACGAGAAUGAGACUCCGCCCGAUUACCCGUCACCCCUCCCUCCAUCGUCCAUAGCUCAGCCGUCAUCUGCUGAACCCGAGAGCAGCCGUCCCACUGAGGGGGGAGCAGGUUCCCACAUGAAAGACGAGAAGUUCUCGUCCCAGAGGACUGAACCAGAAACCAACGGGUCCUCCGGAGGUUUCCUCAACAACAAGGAUCAGUAGUAGGCGUCUCCUCCAUCUCCUGUAGCGAGAAAUCAUCUACAGUUCGUCUAAAUUCUGAAAACUCCGCUGUCCUCCUUUUAUCGGUUUAACCCAAAUCUUCAUCCCUCCUUCCCAUCCGAUAAGUACAGUCUGCUUACCAUCUUAUAUCAGAAAAACUAAAAACUCCUGGACCACCAGCCCGACGGCGGAUUUCCUUUCUUCUGUGUUAACGUCAGACUGGAUGUGGUGGAGGAGUGGUGGCUGCAGCAGCGAUGUAUGAAAACAAGCUGUGUGUUAAUGUGUGUGUGUUGGAUGGGUGAGGAUGCAGCUCGUCUUCACUCUGAACCGCGUCUCUUCAGGAAAAACGUGAGUCCACUUUGUCUCCCCGAACCUUCGUCUUUUCUACCGUUUCAGUGUGAUUAGAGACGAUGGAAGCAACGGCAAUAAGUCUGGUGUAAGAAAACUCCCAAAACAUCAGCUCUGCACAGACGGUUCUGGGUCCAGAUGGAUCGGUUCUGGGCCCCGAUGGAUCAGUUCUGGGCCCCGAUGGAUCGGUUCUGGGUCCCGAUGGAUCGGUUCUGGGUUCAGAUGGAUCGGUUCUGGGUCCAGAUGGAUGGUUCUGGGUCUAGACAGUUCGGUUCAGGGUCUAGACAGAUCGGUUCUGGCUCCAGUCUGGUAGUUCUGGGUCCAGACGGAUUGAUUCUGGAUUAGAUUAGAAAAAAAUGUUCUUUUCACUGAAAUUUAUGGUUCCUGAGUUUGUUUUUUAACAGUGAAAUAAAUAAUGACUUAACUGGCUCCCGAUACCUCACAAAGAAUUAUUAUUAUAAUUAAAUAAGGAUUAAAAGCAUUUUCAAGUCAGAAAACAAGUUAAAUUACAUCCCAAAUUCCCAAAACAAAGAAAGAAGAUAAACACGUCAGACGAUGAAACUGAGACAUUUUAUCAUGUGGUGGAAAAUACCAGCUGAUAGUUAAUCUGAUGCAACACGUCUGGAAAAAGUAGUUCCAGGGUGAUGUUCAGCAUGGUGUAAAAAGUAGUUCCAGGGUGAUGUUCGGCAU